AUGCCGCCCAAGAAGCCAUCCACACCGCUUCCAAAGGGACAGGCUUCGCUCUCUACCUUCUUCGGUGGAAAGCAGCCUGGCUCCAGCCCCGCUUCCUCCCAGGAGCCUCGCACAACGCCAUCCAAGCAGGCCGCCCCAUCACCCUCGGCCUCCAAGUACUUUUCUUCCAACCCCAAACCCUCCGCCUCGACUCGUCGCACCGCUACCGCCACAAAAGCAGACCCCAUGGUCAUCGACGACUCGGACGACGACGCCGACGAUGUCAAGCCUGCACCCGCCCCACCAAAGUCCAACCAGAGCACCCCUGCCAGGAAGAGCCCCAGAAAGUCAGCCACCAAGCGCAAAGCUUACGACAAGGACGACGAUGACGACGAUGAUGACGACGACUUUGUCGCUCCCUCCAAAUCUCGUCGAACAGCUCCCAGUGACGAUGACGACGAGGACGACUUUGCUCCCGCGCCCAAGAGACCUGCUACAACCGCCGCCAAAGCCAGCUCGUCCACCUCCACCUCGGCACCAAAGCAGCCCGCACGCAGAGCCAUUGCCACUGCAAAGUCCAUCCAGAUCGACGACUGGGACGACGAAUUCCAAGAUCCGCCUCCAACGCGCAAGCCCGCCGCCAAACCCGCCGCCAAGCCUGCCGCCAAGCCUGCCGCCGCGCCAGCUCCAGCCAAACCGCAGCCCUCCACCGAGCCCGCUCCCGCUGCCGACAAGAAGGCGUCGUGGAAGGAGAUCGCAGCCCGUAGAGCCGCAGGCCCCUCGGCGCCAGGCUCCAAGGACAUCCCUCAGGGUCAGCCCAACUGCUUGGCCGGUCUGACUCUAGUCUUCACCGGCGAGCUCUCUUCCAUCAGCCGCGACGAAGCCACCGACCUUGCAAAGCGCUACGGUGCCAGGAUCACCAGCGGUCCCUCGUCAAAGACCUCUUACGUCGUGCUCGGCGAAGGCGCAGGCCCCAAGAAGCUCGAGUCCAUCAAAAAGAACAAGAUCCCCACGCUCGACGAGGACGGCUUCCUCGACCUAAUCCGCAGCCGAGGCGCCGGCGAACUCGACGAAAAGGCAAAGGCCAAGAUCAAGGCAGAGGAGGAAAAGAUCAAGCAGGUCGCAAGAUCCAUGGGCCCUCCCAAGGGCGCAGAAGUCGAUCUCUCCGACUACGCCAACAUGCUCUGGACCACAAAGUACGCGCCCAAGCAGAUGAAGGAUCUCGUCGGCAACAAGGCCGCCGCCGAAAAGCUCGCCGCUUGGCUCAAAGCCUGGCCCAGCUCGUACCGCAGCAACUUCAAAAAGCCCGGCAAGGACGGCAUGAACAUCUACCGCGCCGUCCUCAUCUCGGGCCCUCCCGGCAUCGGCAAGACCACCUCGGCGCACCUGGUCGCCAAGAUGGAGGGCUACUCGCCGCUCGAAUUCAACGCCAGUGACGCGCGCUCCAAGAAGCUCAUCGAGUCCAUGCUCCAGGACACGAUCAACAACAAGUCGCUCGACAGCUGGUACUCUGGCGGCGGUGGUGCCAAGGCUUCGUCGAGCGACGUGCCGCGCAUCCACGAGCGUACCGUGCUCAUCAUGGACGAGGUCGACGGCAUGUCGGGCGGCGACCGUGGCGGCGUGGGCGCCAUCAAUGCGCUCAUCAAGAAGACCAAGGUGCCCAUCAUCUGCAUCUGCAACGACCGACGCAAUCAAAAGAUGCGUCCCUUCGAACACACCACCUACAACCUCGGCUUCCGCAAGCCCGACGCUGCGGCGGUCAAGUCGAGGAUGCUGUCGAUCGCGUUCAAGGAGAAACUCAAGAUCCCUGGCGAGGUCAUGGCGCAGCUCAUCGAGGCGGCGCAGAGCGACAUUCGCUCGGUGAUCAACAUGCUCAGCACGUGGAAGCUCUCCAAGAGCACCAUGGACUUUGACGAGUCCAAGGCUCUGGGUGCCGAGAACUCCAAGCCGGGAUUGCACACGCCCUUUACGCUCUACAGCGAGCUCUCGUCGCCGUACAUGUUUAGCGCCACUUCGCGCAAGACGCUCAACGACAAGGCGGAUCUGUAUUUCCAGGACCAUUCGUUUGUGCCGCUCAUGGUGGCCGAGAACUAUGUUAAGGCGAGGCCGGUGCUUGCGUCGCGCGAGUCGGGCCCACGUCAACAGCUCAAGCAUCUCGAGCUGCUGCGCAAGGCAUCCGAGAGCAUUUCCGACGGCGAUUUGGUGGACCGCAUGAUCCACGGCAGCGAGCAGCACUGGUCGUUGAUGCCUCUGCAUGCGAUCGCGUCAUCGGUGCGACCGUGCUCGUUCAUCUACGGUGGUACCGAGGGUGGCUUCCCCAGCUUCCCGGGUUGGCUCGGGCAGAACUCGAAGCAGCAGCGACUCACACGCGCGGUGGUGGAUGUGCAGGCCAAGAUGCGUCUGGUUUGUUCAGGGUCCAAGCACGACUUGCGUCAGCACUACCUGCCUUCGAUGUGGCGCAUGCUUAUCCAGCCCAUGAUCGACGAUGGCGCCGACGGUGUCGAGCAGGUGAUCCAGCUCAUGGACGACUACUACCUUGGCAUUGAGGAUCGCGAGGUGAUUUUGGAGCUGGGAUUGGAUCCCAACAAUGCCGAAGCGGCGCUCAAGAGUGUUCCCAGUGCGGUCAAGGCCGGCUUCACGCGCAAGUACAACGCCUCCAACCAUCCGAUUGCGUUUCACAAGGCGACCGAGUUGGGAGUCAAGACGAAGGUGGGCGGUGCCGGGGUGCCGGAUUUGGAAGAUGCGGUGGAGGAGGAGGUGGUGCCGGAUGAUGACGACGACGACGACAAGCGCGACGACGACGAUGUCUCCAAGGACAAGCUCGUCAAGAAGCCCAAGGCAGCGGCUGCGGGCAAGGGCAAGGGCAAGGCCAAGCCCAAGAAGUAG